UCCCAAUCUCUCACUUUAGCCAUGCCCCAAAAAGCCCGCCAAAUGCUUCAGCUAUUCACAUUUUAUCAAACCGAUUGUCCCGACCAUUCCAUUUUUCAAUUUAACGUCCUCGUAGAUGUAUUUGUCCAGCAUACAUAUUUGCUACUUGAGACUAGGGUUGUAUCUAUCUACACUAUAAUGAUUUUGAUAUCUGUUUUUGGGGGUUAUCAUUCCAUUGGAUUGGUUUUGGCAUCUUGGGGGACCUUAUUAUCAUUACGGGUCUUGGGAGUCGAGUUUUGCCUUGACAGGGAUGCUUUAACGUUUCCAAUCUUGUACUUGAUAUUACGCAUGAUUGCAUUGCCUGAACGCAUUUGCCUGGACGGCGUAGUACCCACACAUUGCUCAUAAGAGGGUGGCAAGUCUUCGUAUUCGUGCUCAUAAUCGCUGUCAUCGUCGUCAACCGGUGGAGGCAGUCUAGCUUUAGACAGUGGUGCUUCUCGCUUUCCAGCUUCAAGGCUUGCGCGAUACAAUGGCAUAAGGGCUUCCUCCGGGUUAGCUACUAGGUAAGUCAUAUUGAUGUUGAAUGUAAAGUUGGUUGGUAGAGAAGAAAAAUAAAACUGUUGUGAAAAUUAAUCCCUUUAUUUAUUGCUUUGUUUAUAUACUAUGGGAUGGCGCUUUUGUCAUUGCCAAGAUCCGUGCUGAUUCGUUUAACUUCCUCCGCUGUUAGAGCCUUCUUCUCUCUCAGCCUC